AUGUGGACCUCAUUUAAUAUUGUUAUGUGGUUAUCAAGUAUAUUUAUGUCGAGAAUUAUUUGGAAUAGUGAAGCAAUUCCCCUAGAUGUAUAUGAUUUUCAUUCGACACAACAUAGUUUUCAAAUAAAUGAAUUUAACAAUAAAGAAAUUUCGGGGAAAUUUUUGCACAUUACCGAUUUACACCUUGACCCUUAUUAUCUUCCUAAUAGCAACCCCAAAAAAUAUUGUCAUCGUUAUGCAAAAAAAUCAAAGAAAAAUAAAUCAGGAAAAUUUGGUACCCUAGGUUCAGAUUGUGAUUCACCUUACGCAUUAUUAGAUUCGACAUUCUCUUUCCUUAAAGAAAACUUUCAUGAUGCAGAUUUUAUAAUUUAUACUGGUGAUUCUCUUAGGCAUGAUAGAGAUUCCAAAAUUCCUUUUCCGAAUGAUGAUGUCAUCUCGGGCCAUAAAAGUAUAGUCAAAUAUGUGACGGAAUCACUUGAUUUGAGUAAAACUAAAUUUAUCCCCACUUUAGGAAACAAUGACGAAUGGGAACACAAUCAGCUUGAAGGUGGUCCAAACACACUUUUCGAAAACCUGACUCAAAUAUGGGCGCCCUUAAAUUUAAAUUUAACGUCUGAAUUUGCAAAUGGCGGGUAUUUCAGACAAGAUAUCAAUUCAAAACUCAGCGUAUUUAGUCUAAAUUCGAUGUAUUUUUACGAAUCUAAUGAUCAAAUAAAGGAUUGUGAUCAAAUAAAUUCCCCGGGAGCAAUUCAAUUGAAAUGGUUUAAAAAUCAAUUGAAAAAUGCAAGGCAAGAAGGAAGAAGAGUUCUUAUCGCACAGCAUAUUCCACCUUUGGAUUCUGAUGGUGAAUCUUCAUUUCUUCCGCAAUGCGAAGAAAAAUUCGUACAAUUGCUCGGAGAAUUUGCUGAGAUAAUAUCCGGCCACUUCACUGGUCACACAAAUCUUGAUACUUUGACCUUUGUAACAGAAUCCGAAAAUAUUAGUGGCAAAUACAAUUUAUACUAUCUUGAUAAGGAUGAAGGCCCUUCAAAGAAAUCGACCGACAAUAUUAUCUUAAUUUUGAAUAAUGCUCCUUCAAUAAUUCCAGGCAAAUAUUCCACUUCUUCAAAAAUGUUUGGCGUAUUAUCUGAUUACAUUCAAUAUUAUCUUGACAUUAAUAAGGCCAAUGAGAUAGGCAGAGCGGAAUGGAAGAUUGAAUAUAUUGCAAGUGAAGCGUAUGAUAUGAAACAAUUAUCCCCAUCGGAAUGGGCCAAAGUUUUAGAUGAAAUGAAAUCCGAUCAAAGUGAAUCAUGGCAAAAUUAUUUAAAAUUUGUCACAGUGAGCAGUGAAUGA